AUGGGUGAAAUUGGUGGGACGAAGUCGUGGACAGAGGAGUUAGCUAGCUUAGUGGAGGAUACUGGCAUAAGAUUCACCGAUGAUGAUUUUGAAGUCAAGAAAUUCGAGUUUGAGAUUCCGGUGAAUGAAUCCAAGGAGCCCGAGAGCUUGAAGGAUCAAAUCAAAGGUUUUGCCAAGGCUUGGGGUGAAAUACUUUUGGAACUGGGGAGAGGGUGUAAAGAUGUUGUGCGGCAGAGCUUUUUAACGGAGGAUUCUUACAUCGUUAAGAAGACACGUGGUCCCUUGGCUAAGGUUUCUGAGCAAAUAAGGUUCGUGAAUGAGUAUUUGCCGGAGGAUCGUGAUCCUGCACAUGCUUGGAGCAUCAUCAUCUUGGUUUUCAUGCUUGCUUUCGCUGUUCUAGGUGUAAACAUUAAAAGUGAUAGUUCAGUUCCUCUGGUAAAGAAAAUUCUUGUGCACCCUCCUAGUGCAAUUCGUACACUACUUCCAGAUGGCCGAUACUUGGCGUACCAUGAAUUUGGAGUUCCAGCUAACAGAGCUAGAUUUUCAGUUGUAGUCCCACAUUCAUUCCUUUUUUCUCGACUUUCAGGUACCCAGAGUGUUGUUUAUCUUAUUAUUCUGCUUCAAUUUCAAGGCAUUCCCGGUGUUAAAAUGGCGCUGCUGGAAGAGUUUGGUGUGCGCUUAGUAACAUACGAUCGUCCUGGUUUUGGGGAGAGUGAUCCUGAUCCUGGCAGAAACCUCAGCUCCUCUGCUCUGGAUAUGUUAAACUUAGCAGAAGCAAUAGGUAUAAAGGACAAAUUCUGGAUUCUUGGGCAUUCUGAUGGAGCAAUACAUGCUUGGGCUGCAUUAAACUUCAUUCCUCAUAAAAUUGCUGGUGCUGGUAUGAUUGCCCCAAUGGUGAAUCCAUAUGACUCUAGCAUGACAAAGGAGGAAAUGUCUAGAGCUUGGGAAAAGUGGACAAGAAGAAGAAGAUGGAUGUACCAUUUAGCUCGAAGAUCUCAUAAACUUCUCAAUUACUUCUACAGCCGAAAGUAUCUAUCUGGAAAGCAUGGUCAGAUUGAUAACUGGCUAUCUUUAUCACUGGGAGAGAAGGAUACCGAACUCAUCAGGUCGCCAGUGUUUGAGGAAUUUUGGCGAAGGAAUGUUGAGGAAUCACUCCGUCAAGGUAGCAUGAAGCCGUUCAUUGAGGAAGCAGCGUUGCAGGUAUCUGAUUGGGGUUUUAGCCCGAAUGAUCUUCGGGUGCGGGAGAAGUGUCCAAGUAAGAGCUUUUUCCAAUGGCUUGAUUUCCUAUCUGGUCCAGCGGAAUGUACUUUGACUGGGUUUCUAGGCCCGAUUCACAUAUGGCAGGGAACAGAUGAUCUUGUGGUGUCCCCAUCAGUAACUGAUUUUGUGGGAAGAACUCUGCCAUCGGCUUCUAUACAUAAACUUCCAGAUGAAGGUCACUUCUCCUAUUUCUUUUUUUGUGAUAAAUGCCAAAGGCACAUAUUCACUACCCUUUUUGGAAAUCCUCGUGGUCCAUUAGAAGUCGCAAAUGAAACUUCGCCAGGCCACAGUGGAGAAGAUGGAGAAGCAUCAAUACUCGAUGCUCCAAUUCUGUAA